ACCCCCUAGUGACGUGAUGACAUCAUGGGGCCUGGUGGAGCAGGAAAUAUCAACAACUGAGGCCAGGACAGGGUGACAACGCAGGGAGUCCAUGAGACGCGAUAAAUAAGUAGCUUUUCACCUAUACCCUUUAAGUCGUAUAGUAAAGGCUAUUAGAGCGUAUUAUUUAGUGUUAGAGGGAAAUCUGCCGGUGUCAGAAUGUCUUUGUUCGGAAAGUUGUUCGGCAGCGGGGGGAAAGGGGGGAAAGCCCCGAGCCCACAGGAGGCGAUCCAGCGGCUGCGGGAGACGGAGGAGAUGCUGACCAAGAAACAGGAAUAUUUAGAGAAAAAGAUCGACGAGGAGCUACUCACCGCAAAGAGGAACGGCACCAAAAACAAAAGAGCCGCCCUGCAGGCCCUGAAGCGCAAGAAGCGCUUUGAAAAGCAGCUGGCGCAGAUCGACGGCACGCUCUCCACCAUCGAGUUCCAGAGGGAGGCGCUAGAGAAUGCCAACACCAACACCGAGGUGCUCAAGAACAUGGGCUUGGCCGCCAAGGCCAUGAAGGGGGCCCACGAAAACAUGGACAUCGAUAAGGUGGACGAGUUGAUGCAGGACAUCACCGAGCAGCAGGAGCUGGCACAGGAGAUCUCGGACGCCAUCUCAAAGCCUGUGGGAUUCGGAGAGGAAUUUGAUGAGGAUGAACUCAUGGCGGAGCUGGAAGAGCUGGAACAGGAGGAGUUAGACAAAAACCUGCUGGAAAUCGGCGGCACAGAGAAUGUCCCUCUCCCCAGCGUGCCCUCCACAUCGUUACCUGCCAGACCAGCAAAGAAGAAGGAAGAGGAGGAUGAAGAUGACAUGAAGGACCUGGAGCGUUGGGCCAUGGAGGCCAUGUAGCCUGUGUGCAGCAGAAAGAGAGAGGACUUUCUGAUGAGUGGUGUGCUUGUUUUUUGUGAAAACGAAACAAAAGAAACAAAAAAGGAAAACACUAAAAAAAGAAUAACCAGCUACCUGUAGCUGUGGAUUUCAACCCAAAGCAGACAAGAGGUGCAGUGGUUUGUAUAAUAACAGGAAGAAAGAAGCCUCUCAGCUCAAUACUGUUCCUCUGAAACGUCCGUGUGUUUCUGUAUGUCCUUGACACAUCCACAGCCUUACAUCCAACCUUAAGCUACGACAUUCGCUGCGCCCCUUCUCUCAUAAUUGGAAGCCAUUGCUGUUCUUCCCACACACUUCCUCUUAGAGAGAAACUCCAUGUAAUGUAUUUUGGUGGUGAUAAAAUAAGCCGACCAAGACUCCAAGGCGUAAGGCAUACGUAAGUAGGUGUCCAUUUUUUCCAGAGGAUAAGCAGUCCUUUUAUCUGUAUUUUUCCGUUUUGCUUUUAGUUCUCCGUUCAGUGUUUGUGUAUUAUUCAAAGAAACGUUUUACAGCUGGGAAAGAAAAUGAGAAAAAUGUACCGGAAGUGAGUAACAGGAACAUGAUGUGGACCACAUACCUCUCCUGUCAUUAAGCUUUCAAAAAUACUGCAGGAGGUGUGGUAGGAGGGAAGACUGUUCUUGUUCAGAUUACAUUUCUACAGUCAUGUGAGUGAGGGAAUUAGAAUUAUUUAAGAUUAUUAUUCUUUUUGUUCUUGCUGAAUUUGGACAUUAUUUUUAUGCCAUGCUGCUGUUUGAUGAUCCCCACAUCAUUUUCCCUAAGACUAUGUCUGUACGUUCUUGUUUGACCGGUUUAAGAUUUAAAAAUAUAUAUAUAUCAAUUUAUGUACCACAGUCAUCUUUAAAGCACUUAUCUUUGCUGUUGUGUGUGUCCAUGACUCAUUUGGAGGUGUUUAAUUGUCUCUUAUUUUAUUUUAUGUCUUUGGCAACCUCCCAAAACUCUCUCUCCAUACCUCACUUCCUGUCCUUGUCCCUGUGGUACACCUGAAUUAAACUGUUGUCAAAUUAUCGCA